AUGUCCGAAAUAAAUGACAAUAACACAGCAGUGUCAGCCGAUGUCACGAUUGAUUUUUGUACUAUAUUCAAUCAGUUAGAACAAAUUCUACUUAAAUACACUGAUUAUGAUUGUGUUAUACCCUUUAUCGAUCGUCUAAGUACAAAACUGACACCAUCGUUUGUAACUAAAGUACAACAAACAACGACCGAUAAAACCAAACUCGAACUUAUACAUCAUGCGUUAGAAAAAUUAAUUCAUACAGUUGAAAUUGGUGAAAAUAUUAAUAGUUUCGUCCUUCUACCACAUCUACUCGUAUUCCUCCAAAUUGUAUCGAAACUAAGCAAAGAUAUUGAUUUGUAUACAUUUUUUCCUACAGAUGUUGAAUAUGCAGAAAAAGCUAAUAAAAGUUAUUUGGAACUCACCAAUUCCAAUCAACUACAAAAAUAUUUACAUCAAAGUGCACAAUCACGUCAACAAUUCUUUGAUAAUUUAUUAAAUAUUCUGCUUCCAAUAUUAACAUAUUCAUCGGUUUCCUUAUUAUUGUGUAAAGACAAAAAUAUAGAGAUUUGUAAAUCAUCAUUAGAAUCAUUUCGUGAAUAUUUGGAAAACGAUGAUCAACUACGUUCUUCCGUUUCUAAUGAAAUAUUACGUUUUCUAAAAGUUCUAAGCAAGAAGACUGUACUCAUUUCGUUAUUCAUUGAUUGUCAAUAUCCAGAAUUAUGUUUAAAAUGGAUUCGUACCGUGGAAUCAUCCAAUCAGUUCAACUUAUCUAGUGAAACAUUACAAUAUAUCUUAUGUAUUCUUCAUAACAUUAGCAGAGAUUAUAAUGGAUCUCAAGUAUUAAAUGAUUUAAAAGCAAUUGAAGUUAUUGAAAAAUUAAACGAUAGAGAAAUUUUAUCGUAUCUUUCUGAAAAUGAAUAUUGGAAAAUACAACUUCCUAUUUGUAUGACAGUUUCACUCCUAGUCGAUCCAGAGCGAUUGAAGAAUUGUUCACGAAAGAUAGACGAUCGCUUAAAAGAAAUAUUUAAUCAACUAGUCGAAACAAUAGUUAAAGCAUCACAAACGUCGAUUUACGUUUAUAAUUGUUUUCAUAUUUCUGAACCUCUUACAGUGUUCGCAAAGCUAUUUAUUAAUGAUAUUAUACUAGAAUAUGUUUUAACACAUUGUCAAGCACAAUCGAUGAGUGUUCUAGAUUUCUUUUGCCAGUUAUUAAUUCAGUUUCAUUUACGUGAUAACAGCGAUCGUCUACCGAAACUUUCAUUAUGUAAUAUCUUAUGGAGUAUUUCAUUUCAUGAUAAAUAUAAAGAAUCACUUAAAAAUAAUGGUCAAUUAAUGAAAUUAAUUCAGACAUUAUCCAAUGUUCCUAGUACAGAAAGUGGUGUUUGUAAUCAGGAACCACAUCAAUGCAUACCGAAAUACUUGUCAUCAAUUAAAAAAGCAUGUGAAGGAAUCUUAUGGAAUGUAGCGGAUGUAAAAUUGCUGAAUACAUCGCCAUUAAUUACAGCGACACAAUCUCAAUGGCCAUUGGCAAUGAUCAGUUAUUCACACAUUGAUUUGGCAUUUUGUCAAGAACUUGUUAAAAAGAUACAUCAGAUGACAAAUGAACUCGAUAUGUGGGUCGAUUUUCAACAUAAUCAUUCUUAUGUUGAUCAGGACUCACGACAACAUAGUAUUUCUCAUUCAGAUGAUAUAUGGGAAGAAAUUGCGAAUGCCAUUGAAAUAGCAUCCGUCAUAAUUGUUAUAAUAUCAAAAGAUUACUAUGAUAGUAAAGCUUGUCGUCAAGAAUUGUCCUAUGCAACCGAUACUUUGAAAAAGCGUAUUAUACCAAUUUAUUCGAGUACUGUACCGACAAGUUUUAAACCGAGUGGAUGGCUUGGUAUACGUAUUGCCGGACAAAACUUUGUUCACUUUGGUAAGAAACAUCUCGAUGCAAAUGUUACAGAAUUAAUUUCAAUGGUCAAAGAUCAAGAACACUUAUCAUCACAACCAAGCAAAACACUUGUACAUCAAGAUAAUGUAGUAGAAGAAAAUGAAUAUGAUAUUCAUCAAUGGUUUUCAACAAAUCAAAUACAUCCAAAUAUCGAAAUGCUCUUUAGUGAUCUUCAAACAAUGAGUUCACUUGUACUCUAUGCAAAACAUUUAAAAUCUUAUUAUAAACAAGAAUAUGAUUCACUAAGUGAAAAAUAUAAACAAAGAUAUAACAAACCAUUAGAUACUGUACAGUUCAUUGUAUUUGUUGAUGCUCUCUUUCGAUUACACAAUGAGAUAAAUUAUAAUGUGGGCAUAUCAACCAAACCAGAUCAAAAUUUGAUGGUUUUUUUCUAG